AUGAAUGCCAAUGCCAGUGAAGAGGAGGAAGCCGCCGAAGCAGUGACCAUGGAGGGCGGAGCUGAAGAUGAUCAGGACACUAGCAGCGAGUGGGUCCACAAGUGGCUUCACAGGAGCGUCGGCAUGUACAUGACUUUAGUGCUUCGUGAGUUUACAGUGGCAGAUCACAGAGCUGAAGUUGCCAAGAUGGAUUCCGACUUGCAAUACGUGCUUCAAGAAGCCAGUGCGUCGCUGGCCACGCAAUAUCAGGAGUAUGCGAGUAAAGACAUUGAACUGCGUGCGGAGGCGAAAGUGUUAGGCCAGAAGAGGAUUUUGCAAGUGCAGGAACGCCAAGCUAUGUUGAAAGCUGUGACAGAUGCCUAUGGGAAGAUGAAUGAGAGCGAGACGCCAAGUGCAGAGUACUUGGCGACCAAGGCCGAAGAGUGCGAGAGUAAUGAGCCCCUCGCGAGUUCGCUUGACCGUAUCUCUUCGAAGAAAGAUUCGCAAGUAGAGAGCCUCCAGACUUGCAUUGAUCCCACCGGGCAUGUACGUGUGACGAAGACUAUGCAGAAGUUGGAAAUGCCGCAUCACUCUGAGGGCUACCGACGUUUGAUGAAGGUGGAAGCCCAUGCAUGGCUCUGCAUGAGUGCCCGGUUCAAGGCAAAGGCAUGGUUGCAAGGGCUUCAGCUUGAAGAUUUUACAAGGUUUGUAGAAUACAUCUUGGGAGAUCGUGUUGGCAACUUGAAAUUGCCCACUGCUUCAGGGCAGGAGACUCAGUUCAACCGGCCACCUUGGAACAUCGUUUUGAGUUAUGAAUACAAGUUGAGGGUCGAAGCUUUCAAGAUGAUCCUGGAGGGAACCGCCACCAUGUCAGAGGCGCUUCGGGUAGUGCGUGAGGACCCAUCUUUGAAAGAGGCUUACUUCACGACGCCACUGGCCCUGCACACCGCUGGUACGCCGAAUAAGUUUCGGAAGGGAAAUCACAAAGGAAAGGAUAAGACGCAGGGGCAAGAGAUACCCCUGCCGCCCGCGCCGCAUCAGAACGGACGUGGAACAGGGAAAGGCAAAGGCAAGAAAGGCAAGGGCCAGGUUGUCUUGGCUAACGGGAAACAGCUUGCGCUUGCGUCAGCGACCCCUGAUGGUCGCCAGCUGUGCUAUGCCUACAACCACCGAGGCUGCACCGAUCCGAAGUGCACCCGUGUUCAUGCAUGUCGUGUGGCCGGGUGUUUCGGAGAGCACCCAGCCUCGCAGCACGAAGCUGCGACAGCAAGCAAGUGA